AUAGGUAACAUACACAUUGCUCAUACACAGUACACACUAAACAUUAACGUUUUUAGACUAGAACUUUACCAAAAAAGCUUCAGUGUACUCAAGUAUGAUUAUGAAAGUAAAAAAUAUAAAUAUCAUUCAUUUAUUAUACAAAGUGAUGUUUAGUUAGCGUAAAUCAGAGUAUAGUUUUGUUGUAAAUUAUGUAUGGUUGACCUUUGUACCAAUCUUAAUUAUCAUGUAUAACAUGGCACUCAGUGUGUCUGUUGCUGUGGUGUUUAUCUCGAUCGUUUCAUUUCUAAUUCUAAUGAAUAACAAUAAAUCAGUUGCAGAUUCAAUGGCGAACAAUGGUAUACUCUUUGUAUCUAAUGCUGCCAAAGCUCACAGGUACUGUUCAAAAGUGUCAAAAUUUGUUAAACAUGUUUUGUAUAUAAAGUUCAACGGUGGCCCAGAAAGUUCCUUGCCAGUUAUAAAUAAACAGAUUGUAAACAUUUACACCAAGGCAUCAACACAGUGUGGCAAUUUGGAUGUAAGACUGAUGCUCAAGCCAAUAGAUUCUAUUGAAAGAAUUAAAACAAAUAAGCCUUUUCAAAUGAUUAUGUUUGAUAGGGAACUAUCCAAGGAUGUUGUCAACAAUUUACUCCAAAGUGUGCCAUCUGAAACUCAGGUACAAACCAUAGAUAGUGAUGAGAAAAAAUUUGUAAAUGUAUUAGCACAAAGCGAGAGUGAGACUGUGAAGACAUAUGAAUAUGUAGCUCUUGGAGGUACAUUCGACAGACUGCACAAUGGACACAAAAUCCUCCUAUCACAAGCUGCUUUGAGAGCGACCAAGCAUGUCACAGUUGGUGUAACUGAUGUAAAUAUGAUUCAGUCAAAAUCAUUAUGGGAGUUAAUAGAGCCUGUAGAAAAAAGGAUAAAAGCUGUUUUAGACUUCCUAACAGAUAUAAAUCCUGACCUUGAGUAUAAUGUAUGCCCUAUACAAGAUGUCUAUGGGCCAACAAAGGAAGAUCCCAGGUUUCAAUUAAUAGUAGUAAGUGAGGAAACAAAACGUGGUGCCUUAAAAAUAAAUGAGAAACGGAAAGAGAAUGGACUCUUGCCUUUGGACGUGUACACGAUUGGAAUUGCAGAAGAUCUAGAGCAACAGUCUACUGAAGAGGAAACAAAAGUUAGCUCCAGUAAUCUUCGGAUGCGGUUAUUGGGGACGCUAUUGACAGAACCUAAGCCAAAGCCAAAUAUACCCGAUUGGCCAUACGUAAUCGGCUUAGCGGGUGGUAUUGCCAGUGGAAAAAGUAAUAUCACCAAUAAAUUAAAAUUGAAAGGAGCAGCGGUGGUCAACUGUGAUAUAAUCGCCCAUGAACUAUAUGAGCCCGGGUUGCCUUUAAAUCAUACGAUUGCAGAAGUGUUCGGUAAAGACGUCAUUACUGCACAGGGUGAAGUUGAUAGGAGGAAACUUGGCAGUGUUGUAUUUAGUGAUAAGGAGCAACUAGAGAAACUCAACAAGUUAGUUUGGCCAGCGGUUAUUGAAGAAGCCCAAAGGCGUAUCAAGGCACUUGGUGAACAGGGUUACAAAGUGGUGGUGAUGGAAGCCGCUGUGAUGGUACGCGCCAAGUGGUACACUCACUGCCACCAGUUGUGGGUCGUUAUUAUACCACCUGCAGAAGCCAUCAAGAGACUCCAAGAACGCAAUAACCUAACGGAAGAGGAAGCUAAACAGCGGGUGAGCGCGCAACCCUCGAACGCGGAACAAGUGGCCCAAGCUAACGUAGUCUUUAGCCCCUACUGGAGUUACGAGUACACUCAAGUGCAAAUCGACAAAGCUUGGGACCAGUUGGAAAAGUAUUUGGAAUGUAGGAAAUAACCAUGAACUACCCUCCUCCUUCAAAAUAACUUUGCAUUCGAUUUAGUCGGGGAAUGUGAGCGGCGAAGUGGUCUCUUCCAAAGUCAAGGUCAUAACAUUCUACAAGGCUAAAUGGUAAAUUCAAAUUCGAAUCGUUUAUUUUUGAAUUUGAAUUUACCAAAGCAGGGUAAGCAGUGGCGUGCACUUUGUACAUUCACAAAAGCACUGCCUACCCAAAAAUUUAUAUAUAACUUGUAUAGUAGGAGGAUAUUUGGCGUUUUUAGGCAAUCUUACCACUGUAUGCAUACCCUGGUAAGAAGCCCAGUGCACGCCACUGAUGGUAAGUGGCUAACCACAAAUAAAAAUUGUCACGACUACCCGAUUUUGAACAAUGAUUAUCUCAAAUAAUAUAUACAGGGGUAAAAAAAACCAAAACUUUCUCGGCCUUGUAGUUCGAAUUUCUUAGUAAUUUAUUUCAUAAAAAAAAAAAAUUAUACUUCAUAUUAUAUCUGUAAAGUGGCAUUACACUGUGAAACUAAACACAUAUGAUGCGACAACGUAGGGUAGUCGGAUCAGUGUUGCACAAUUGAUUCGUGAUACGCGCUCUGUUCCCGAUGUGACAUUACAGAGUAGUAGUGAGUAGAGUAUCUAUGUAAUAUAUUGAAUAUUGAAUAUUUCAUAAACUAUCGAGUUUAAUAAAAAGUUUUAGAACAAAAGAAUGAAUGAUCGAAUACACUUUUAUU